AUGGGCACACAAAUUGAUGAUGAUCCCUUGUUCACCACUCUAUUACAAAGUGGAGGAGAGGGUUGUAAUAGCACCCCAACGCAACCUUCUAAUGUUGUGCUCCAAGCAACAUUCAAUGACGGUGAAAAGAGGCAACCUCCAAAAAAAGUUCAAAGGGGUGCAUCUUUCACUGCAGAGGAGGAUAACCUCCUCGUCUCAGCUUGGCUCAACAUUAGUAUCGAUGCAAUAAAAGGUACUGAUCAAAAGUCCACUCAAAUGUGGGAAAGAAUUUCAGUGUUUUAUCAUGAAUAUAAAAAACAGAACAAUGUGAACCGUUCUGUAGUUUCUUUGAUGAAUCAGUGGUCCUCGAUUCAGAAAUGCACAAAUAAGUUUUGUGCAUUUUUAGCACAAGUAGAGUCAUUGCAUCCGAGUGGUGCAACGGAGCAAGAUAAGAUUGAGAAGGCAAAAAUUAUGUAUAAAGAGAUAGAGAAAAGUAACUUCACAAUGGAGCACUGUUGGUGUCUUCUGAGACACCAACAGAAAUGGCAACAACACAUCUCCACCCUUGGGACGAGGAGAAGGCCACAAGGUGAAGCUGCUCUUGACACGGUGGAGGAGAACAUAGAGGUCUUUGCUGAGAGACCUCUAGGCAAAAAAACUGAGAAAGAAAUGGAGAGGAAGCGGAAGUCGAUGGAAGGCAAAGAGUCUGAGAUCAGCAUUUCCUUAGCUAAAAUGACUGAGGAUAGAGCCACGACCAUGGAAGAGCGGAGAAAUGCUCAACUCAAGGCAGACGAAAAAAGUCUCUAUCUCUCUCUCACACAAUUUUGA